AUUAGGGUUAAAAGAGCCAUUUUUUUGUUUUCUCGACGCGCAACAAAUCCAGACCAAAGAGGAAGAUCGAAAUGGCGAUGAGGAGGGUUUACAGUGAGAUCAAGGGGAAGAAGGUGAAGGAGCUUCCCGGCUAUUUCAAAUCGACGUUUUCAUUGGAGACGGUGAAGACCUCUGUGAAGAGAGGUCUCGAUAACUACAACGACAAAUACAUCCAGACCAGCUCCAUCGAUCCUCUCCUUCAUAUCUGCUUCUAUGGCAUGGCCUUCUCCUACCUCGUCGCUCUCCCCAACGAGCGUCGCCAUCUCGAGCACCAGCAGCAUGCCAAGGAGCACGGUGGCCACUGAUCUCGACGAAUCGUUUUUCGAUCUCUCGAUGAGUUUAGAGGUUGCUGUGAAGUCUUUCUGCGAUGGUGACGACUCAAGAUUGUAUUGUGUUAUUGUUUUCUUUUCUUGCAAUUUCCUGGAUAUUGUUGACCUAAAGGAAACCUUUCUUUUGAAUUGCACUUGAUAGCGGCAAUAAUUGAAGCAUGAUAUCCCAUGAAUAAUGAAACAAUUUUUUUUUUGUCCCGUGAGAAAUCGUGAAGCUGUGGAUUCAGGGUUUGUUUUGCCAUAUUUCAGUUUAAUCUA